UUUGAAAUUUGAUUCCUCUUUCAGGGUUGACAAAUGCUAUUGGUCUAUUACCAAUAUGUUUUUCUACAGUGUCUAUUUAGAACACAAAGCUAUAAGAAUAAGACAUGAUAGCAUUAUAUUAAAUUCUUAUAAUUUUAUUGUAAGAAAAGAAUAAGACAUGAUAUCAUAUAUAUAUACACUGCAUCUUCUGGAAAAAUACAGAACUACCUUGGAGUUGGGUUGGGUUUGCUUUCAGAGGAACAUGAGAAUAGACUGUUUUUGAUGAACAAUGUUGAUUAUCAUUGAUCGAAGGAUAAACUGUUACGAUUUUGAGACGGAUCGGAGUUAGUUAUUACGUACGUAGUCUCUUGACGACUGCUUUCUCCAAUUUCGAGUUUUAUUUUUCAAUUUCUUGUUUUUGUUAUUUUCUCGCUCUUCAAGUUUAUUCUUAAUGAGAUUUUUUUAUCGAUCCGUCUAAAUUGUAUGUAUGUAUAACAUGGUUGAUUUUGUUGUGUUUAAUCAUAGUUUCUACUAUAUAAAAAAUAGAAUAAAAAUGUGAUACAUUUGUGUUGAUAACUUGAUUACGUAAACCAUGUGAAUUCUGACCAAACAAUUUAUAUUAAAACCACGUAAAAUUCAGAAUCAGGUCGUAUAAUUAUGUUAUAACUAACUAAUGUUUUAAUUUCAAAAAGUAAAAGGAAAAUUAGUGAAGCACGUACACUUGGGCAUGAACUCAUCCAGAAGUUAAUUAUAAAAAGAUCUAUAUGUUUUUAUGAAAAGAUGGAAGGAAAGUUUUGGAAGUAAGAUUACCUGUACCUAGUUUCUUAACUUACCCUAGAUCUAUUUCACAAAAUUAAAAGGACAUUUUGAGGAUUGAUUUUUAUUUUCAUUUCUAUCGUGCAUGUUACCACAAAUAUAAAUAUAAAUACAUCUCACCGCCUUUGGAUCUGAUUUAUAAGAGAUUGUGAUCUCUCUUUUUUGUUAAUUAGAGAUUAUAAUCUAUAUUAAUUAUAUGGUAAAUUGAGAAAAUCAGUAAAAAUAUUGUAGGAGAGAUACAAAUUUCUUCACUGGAGAGAGCUCUCCUUCUUCUCCGAGGAAUCAAAAGCUGCAAUAGAACCCAACAACGAGAAGAAAUAUGGUUAAAUUUUCUAAGUCAACUAAAAUGGACAAGGAAUUGGAAAACGGAUCUCCGGGAGUGAAGGUGGGUCGGGUCAUGACUCAGGUUUUCGUUCUGAUUUUCCUUCUUCAAGGUGUUCGUUCCACAACGUCACUAAACAAUUUAAACGUCACAAAACCGGGACAAAAACAAUCUCCCCCGGUUACGCUUAGGAAAGUUGGUCAUAACCAAGUGGUCGUUGAUAACGGUAUCAUCCAAGUUAGCUUCUCGAGUCCAGCAGGCUUAAUAACUGGAAUCAAGUACAAUGGCUUUAACAAUGUGUUGAACGACCAAAUUGAGAAUCGCGGGUAUUGGGACGUAGUAUGGUAUAAACCAGGACAAAAGUCACUAACCGAUUUUUUAGUAGGAGAAAAAUUCAAUAUUGUAAAUCAAACAAGUGAGCAUGUCGAAAUUUCUUUUUCGAGAACAUGGAAUAUCUCUCAACAUACCUCGGGAGCCCCAUUAAACGUAGACAAAAGAUAUAUCAUUCGAAGUGGUGUGUCCGGAGUCUACAUGUACGCUGUGUUAGAGAGAUUAAAAGGUUGGCCCGACGUGAACAUGGACCAAACCAGAAUCGUCUUCAAGCUUAACACAACAAAAUUCGAUUACAUGGCUAUAUCUGAUGGUCGGCAGAAAAUUAUGCCUUCUGCAACAGAUCGAGAUAUCAAAACUGGUCGUGCUAGUCCAUUGGCUUACAAAGAAGCUGUUCAUUUGAUAAAUCCCCAAAAUCAUAUACUUAAAGGGCAGGUAGACGAUAAGUACAUGUACUCGAUGGAAAACAAAGACAACAAAGUACACGGUUGGAUAUCGGCGGACCAACGUGUUGGGUUUUGGAUGAUUACUCCCAGCGAUGAGUUUCGUUCAUGUGGGCCCAUCAAACAAGAUCUCACUUCUCAUGUGGGACCCACCAUUCUUUCAAUGUUUACAAGUGUACAUUACGCGGGAGUAGAUAUUAACACAAUUUAUAAAAGCAAGGAGCCAUGGAGGAAGAUGUUUGGCCCUGUCUUUGUUUAUCUCAAUUCUGCCUCUUCUCGUAAUCUUCUCUGGACCGAUGCUAAACGACAGAUGGUUUCCGAGGUCCAAAGUUGGCCUUAUGAUUUCGUGAAGUCAGUAGAUUACCCUCUUCAUCACCAAAGAGGAAUCGUCAAGGGUCGAAUCUUUGUCAUGGAGAGAUACAACAAAAGCGAAACGAACUUAUUUGGGAAAUUUGCUUUUGUGGGAUUAGCCUUACCUGGUGAAGCUGGUUCAUGGCAAACCGAAAACAAGGGAUAUCAAUUUUGGACACGAGCAGACAAAGUAGGGAUGUUCACAAUAGCGAAUGUUAGACCAGGGAAGUAUAGUCUCUACGCAUGGGUUUCUGGGUUUAUCGGUGACUACAAAUAUGAGCGUGACAUUACCAUCACACCAGGUAGGGUGAUAGACGUAGGACGCAUAGUGUACGAGCCACCGAGAAAUGGUCCGACUCUGUGGGAGAUCGGAGAACCAGACCGAACCGCCGCAGAAUUCUAUAUCCCAGAUCCGGACCCAACCCUUUUGACCAAACUCUAUCUAAAUUACUCAAAUCCUCAAGACAGAUUUAGACAAUAUGGUCUAUGGGAUCGUUACAGUGUUUUGUAUCCUCGAAAAGAUCUUAUUUUUACUACUAGAGUAAGUGACUUUAAAAAAGACUGGUUCUAUGCCCAUGUCAACAGGAAAGCUGGAAAUGGGACAUAUAAAGCAACAACAUGGCAAAUUAAGUUUAAUUUAAAAGCAGUGAUUCAAACUAGAAUCUACACACUUCGAAUAGCUUUGGCUGCAGCCACAACUACUGAUCUAGUGGUUUGGGUCAACCAAGCUAAUUCCAAACCCCUAUUCAUAACUGGGCUAAUAGGUCGGGAUAACGCGAUCGCCAGGCAUGGGAUUCAUGGGUUGUACAAAUUGUACAAUAUCGAUGUUCAUGGAAAGUUACUUAGGGUUGGUAAUAAUACUAUUUUUCUUACUCAUGGUCGGAACUCUGAUUCUUUUUCAGGUGUAAUGUAUGAUUAUCUUCGUUUGGAAGGUCCUUCCGGUGUUUGAUAAACUAAAUAUGUAUAAAUAAUGUGUAAGUGUCGAUAGGAGGAAUUAUUUUCUUUUAGUAGUCAAAGUCCAAAUUAUAAUUAAAAAAAUCUGUUUUACAAUUGUUAAAUUUGUUACU